UUUGAAAUUAUAUUAAAACUUAUGAUAAACAUUUAAUAUUGUAUCGUUCAAAUUUACAUUGAAACGUUGUGAUUUACUUAUUCAUGGUUACAAAAAGUCUUUAAAAACAUAUGCUUUACAAAAAAAUUAAGUAUGGUGUCAAAUGGUGUAGGUUUUCAAAAUGGUACAAUAAUUUUAGAUGAAUCGAAAAAUGUCUAUUACUCAGGACAGCCUAUAUUUGGGAAAGUCAAUUUUGAGCUAAAUACUAGCUUGUCAUUUUUGUACUUAAAUGUGGUAUAUAAAGGAGAAGCAAAUGUAUUAUGGACAGAAGAAGAGCAAGAAAUCUAUAAUGGUGUAAAAAAGAAAAAAAUGGUCAAAUAUGUUGGACAUGAGGAAUAUUUUAACUUUUCACAAUGUAUUCUCGGAGGGAAUGGUGUCACAUUCCUUCCAGCUGGUAACCAUUCUCUACCAUUUCAAUAUCAGAUACCUUUCAAUGCUCCAUCUUCAUUUAAAGAGGAGAAAGGCGAAGUGACAUACAAUGUAACUGCAUAUUUGCUACAUCAAGAUGGAGUCACUAAGGAGGAAAUAGUCAAACAAUUCCAAGUCAUUGCUCCUUUGGACUUAAACACUGAAGAAAUUAAGAGACCUAUAGAAAUGGAGUUCGAGGAAGUGUACAGCUGUAACUGCGCAUGCGCACAGCGGGCGCUGCACGUGAGCGUGAGUGCGCCGCACGCGGGCGCGAGUCCGGGCGAGUGCGUGUCGCUGACCGUGCGCGCACACAACCGCGCCAAUGUAGAGGUCUCGCAGAUCGUGUUCCAACUGGCCAAGAAAAUGCGGUAUUUAAGUCAGCAGCCGAUGUCAACGGUCAUACCGCCAGAAGAAAUCAUUAUGUCGAUGGUGAAAGGUCCGAUUCUGAGUAAAACGAAUCGCGAGUAUACCUUCGACCUCGUGUUACCGAACUUCAUCGCACUGAACCUGGACAACUGUGGGAUUAUCGAUGUCGGAUACUUCUUGAAGGUCACAAUGAAAGUGUCAGGCUGCAACGACGAUAUUUACGAUGAAACGCAAUUUUGCAUGGGUUUGGUACCUAUAGGUAGUAAUGAAGACGUCAAGUUGACUCAUCCCUUGGCCGAUUGCCUUCCAAACGCGCCCAUACCUAACCCAAACAACCCGACGUAUGCCAGCCAACCCUACACAGAAGCUUUUGCUAAUCCGCCGAACUUUCAAAAUAUACAGUUUUGUCCACCAGGCCCCAUCCCUAACUACCCGUACCCUGUUGUGGCAAACGUGGUCGAUGGAAAUAUGUUCGGUUCUAAGAAUAGUCUUCCAGGAGUCUUCGAAACUAAUGCCCAGCCUCGAGCUGAUCAGAACUCUACAUCUAUGCCGAUACCGGCCUUUCCUCCUUUACCCGAAGGUCAAGCUAUCCCAUACAUGCUUCCUCAGAGUCCACCACCCCCCUACUCUAUGCAACCUUUUUCACCAGAACCGUCAGCUCCCCCUUCGUAUUAAUUUUUUUAGUUUCGAUAUGACCGAAUUACACAAAAAUGUUGA